AUGCCUACAUCCACAGUCACGAAGAAGGAGAUGCAGGAUCGCCUUCGCCAGCAGGGCGAGAAUCCGCCCACGUCGUGGACCAAGGUACAGCUGGCAGCACGACUGGCCGAGCUUGCCGAGGAGAUCACGCCGACAACCUCAACAAUGACGGAGCGCGAUGCGGUGAAGAUCAUCAAUCGCUGCAAGCGCAAGGCGGAGCUCCAGGCUCUUCUACAGGAGCACGGUGUCCCGUUUACUCCGGCUCAGACAGUCGAUCAGCUGAAGAGCAGGAUCUACAAGCACCUCAUGGAGACUCAGGUGAUUCCAGCGGGAUCCGAAAGUAUGGGUUUCGGGAAACACUCCGAGAUGACCUACAACCAGGUGAUUGUGGAGAAGCCGGAGUACACGAAGUGGUGCAUAAGCACAGCCGUGGAGAAUCCAGAGAGUCAUUGGCGCCUUCUUCGGUUUGCCCAAUGGGCCCAGGGAAUCUCAAUGAGCGAGAAAGAGGCGAUCCGGGGUCGCCUGGGAACUUCCUGGACCACAGCAUAUCCUGUCAGAGCCGUGGCAGCCAAGCGCAUAGCAGCUCCCAGCAGAGCAUCGGGAUCAGAGACGUCAUGGGAAAUGACACAGGAGGUCAACCAGGACCUGGAGAUGAUCCCCGAGGAAGCCAUGUCACGCAUCAAGGAACUCGAGCUGGAAUUGGGCCGACUCCGCCAGGAGAUGAAGAAUCGCGAGGGCAAUCCCGAAAUCAAGACCCACCAGAAGCGAGCCUCCUCUCCUCCAUGA